AAACAGGAAGCGGCAGGGCAGAGUUUUUGGGAGUUGUUGGACAGCCAUUGCAGUGUCGCGUCUCAGUAACAAAACACGAAAGGGGUGAGGAAGACCUGGCAUCUCACAGGCUCCCUUUUCACAGAAAGACUGAUUUACAUGGUUGUUUGAACGAACACACUUGGUAAAUCUAUCUACACCUAAAAACGGGAUUCAACAGCUCCGGAUAUGUCAUUCUUAUUUGAUUGGAUUUAUAGCGGUUUCAAUAGCGUACUACAGUUUUUAGGACUGUAUAAGAAAUCCGGCAAGUUAGUAUUUCUUGGCCUGGACAAUGCUGGCAAAACAACGCUACUGCACAUGCUCAAAGAUGACAGAUUGGGACAGCAUGUGCCAACUUUACACCCAACCUCAGAAGAGCUGACGAUUGCUGGCAUGACUUUCACCACCUUUGACCUUGGAGGCCACCAACAAGCCCGCAGAGUGUGGAAAAACUACCUCCCUGCAAUUAAUGGCAUCGUCUUCCUCGUGGACUGUGCGGACCUCGUGAGGUUGCCCGAAUCAAAAGCAGAGCUUGAUGCAUUAAUGACAGACGAGACCAUCGGAAACGUGCCUAUCCUAAUCCUGGGCAACAAGAUCGACAGACAAGAUGCCAUCAGUGAAGAGAGACUGAGGGAACUGUUCGGAUUAUACGGACAUACAACAGGGAAGGGCAACAUUCCCUUGAAGGAUUUGAACACGAGACCACUGGAGGUGUUCAUGUGCAGCGUGUUGAAGAGGCAGGGCUAUGGCGAGGGCUUCCGCUGGCUCUCCCAGUACAUCGACUAAAGCAAUUAACCCCCACCCCCAACCAUAAGGCAUCAUCGCCACCAUCUACAGGGCGCCGAAUCCAGCCGCCGUUACCAUCAGAACCGUCAUACUCAACCCCGCCUUCGGUUAAUCAAGUCUGCCUCCACUUUCAGAACAACCAGUACAGCUCGAUCCCAAUAGACUUUUAUUGGUCGAAAAUUUGGUUCUGCACUUACAGCAUUCCCAUCUGUUCGUUCGUCAUCUUUUUUUUUUUUUUUUUUAAGAGGGCAAACGACGUUCACAUUCAAACGAAUGAAUCUUUUCUAUAUCGUGCCGGUCGUUUGCUGCCGCCUGUCCCCUCCUUCCUGCCAUCUGUUGAGUGUGAUGAUAGAUGCAUUCUAACUGUAAAUCUGUAAAUGAUUCCACUGAUCAAUCAGCAGUCCUCAAAGCCUUUUCCUCCUCUUUAACUCAGCUUGAGCAAAUGAUGAGCGCAGCAUAGUUGUAUGCAUUGCAGUACACUUUUUUUAACAGUAAAGAAUUCAUUCAAAAUUGUAUUUAACCAGUGCAUUUUUUUAUUUUUAUUUUUUCCCCCUUUGAUCUUUAACACCUAGAUCACCUAUGCAGCUGCAGUUUAAAUGACAGUGCAUUUUUUUUCAUCCUAAAAUAAAUAAGAUCCAUUUCUUUAGUAGACGUCAAACACUUCAGCUCCAGGCUUCUGUCGUCGAGGCAGAGUAGCUCUGAGUCGGUACCAAAAGUCAGUGGGCUCCCUUGUAAACACAAGCAUGAGGCGGAAGUAUUACUUACAGAAAGAUUUAUUAUUUUUUAUAUAUAGGAAAUAACGCCGUCUAUUUGAUGAAAUUGUGAAGAUAAUACAAUUUCAUCGGUGCAUUUAAGAGCCUGUAAAUUUGAGGAGGGGGCGUGGUUGUAAAAUCCAGUUGGUAUACUGAAGGUCGGACUACAAGCGUGUUUUUCUGCUCUGCUUCACGGGUCGAGUGAAGAAACGAGGACAGAAAACACCUUGAAGAAAGGGGACCAUGUAUAUGAAAUCUACACCAACACCAUCCAGAGAUUUUGUAUUUAUAAGUGGUAUCCUUUUUGAUUUAUGUGCAUUACCAGAAUAUUAUGCAUGCCUUGUUCUUCUUUUUUUUUCUUUUUAAAUGACCAAUAACUCAAAAAAGGAGGGAAGAAGAUGCCAAAAUUUCCAACAACUUACAAUUGUCACUUUUUUGUUUUGUUUUUUUUAAACUGAAAGUAACUGAAGUGCGCAUAACACACUUUAUCUGUCCCUCUGUGUCUCUUUCAUUCCCUCAUGAAUAGAUGAUGAGCUGUUCCAACAAGGAUGGGACUUGCUGUUGUUUGCAUCAUAAAAAACAUGUAAUAAAUGUUUGCAAUGAAAAAAA